AUGACUUGGGUGUACGUGCUGGCCAAGAAGAGCGACGUGGCUGAAACGUUGAAGACGGAUUGGUUCCCGAUGGUGGAGCGGCAACAAGACCGUCUAGUCAAGUCAAUCCGCACCGAUCGAGGGGGAGAGUUCCUGAGCAAGGAGUUUGAGUUGUGGCUGAAGAAGAAUGGUAUUCGGCACUCCCUCACCAUGCCAUACUCCCCUGCAAUGAACGGCAUCGCCGAGCGAGCGAACCGCACAAUCACGGAGGCGGCACGCGGGUUGCUCAUUGAAGCCGGGCUACCCGACUAUUUCUGGCCUGAUGCGGUGCGGAGUGCGUGUGUGGCCAAGAACAGAGCCUUGACUCAUGUGGGAGCAGACAAAUGGGUGCCCUAUGUGGAGUGGCUAGGAAGGAAGCCAAAGGUGGAUAUGCUUCGGGUGUUCGGGUGCAUGUGCAUGGCGCUCGUGCCUAAGCAUCUUCGGCACAACAAGCUUGGUGCCAAGGCGGUGUGGGCCGUGCACUUGGGCAUGGCUCAAAACAGCAAGGGAUGGCUUCUUUGGGACCCAUUCACCAAGAAGUUCUUGGUGAGCAGGGACUGCAAGUUCAUGGAGAACUUCAUGUACAAGGAUUGGAAGGCGGAGAAUGAGGCGAAGAUAGGCGUGCGGUUUGGGGAGGUGAAGAGUUCCGGUUUGGAGCAUGUGGAGCUGCCUUUGGAACUGAGCAGCGGCAGCACAACCACAAGGCAAUCCUCCCUUGUGAAUGGGGGAGAGGAGGCCAAUGAUGCAGAGGAAGAAGAGGAGGAGGUGCAGCAAGUGAGCGAGCGUGCACCGUCACUUCCUUCCCGUACUACGAGUGCUCCACGGAUUCGAGCCACACCGCAGCAACGCCAAGGCCUUCAAGUCCCUGCAGCUGAGGAGGAAGGAAGGGGGAAGAGGAGAGUUCAACCCCCUAAUAGGCUGACCUAUGAUGCGCCGGGAAAGCAGGGCAAGACAGCCCUGGCCGGAGCGGCAAUGAUGGUCGGAGACGACGAGGAGAGUGACUACGAGGAGUGUGCCUUCGCGUUCUUCUCUCCGGUGGAGAUGCCGGGAGAACCAGCAACUCUCAAGGAGGCUUUGGAGAGUAGUGAUGCUGAGGAGUGGAAGAAGGCCAUGGAGAGUGAGCUGAAGAGCAUCGAGGAGAAUGACACGUUUGAAUUGGUGGAGCUACCGGAGGGGCGUACGGCGAUAACGUCCAAGUGGCUCUUCAAAAUCAAGUCGGAUGCCGACGGCAAGAUUGAGCGCUACAAGUCUAGGCUUGUAGCCAAGGGGUACCAGCAGAAGGAGAAGGUGGACUUCAAGGAGCUGUUUGCCCCUGUGGUGAAGCCGACGACGCUGCGAACCCUAUUCGCGGGAGCCGCCAUCAAAGGAUGGGUAGUAAAACAAAUGGACAUCGUAACGGCAUUCCUUAACGGCAUCCUUGAGGAGGAGAUUUUUAUGGCGCAGCCAGAGGGGUUUGAUGAUGGUAGUGGCAGAGUGUGGAAGCUGAAGAAGGCCCUCUAUGGGCUGAAGCAGGCCCCUAGGCAAUGGUACAUGAAGCUGCGCGAAGUGUUGGAGGGGAUCGGCUUCACUCCCUCAACGGCCGAUCACUCCUUGUUCAUGCUUGGCGAGGGAGAGCAGAGGAGUUUCAUGGUGGUUUAUGUGGAUGACAUCCUCAUUUUCUCACCCUCUUCUGACCUUGUGAAGGAGGUGAUGCUGAAGCUUCAAGACAAGUUCAAGUGCAAGGCCCUUGGUGACGUGAGCUUCUACCUUGGGCUCCACAUCGAACGAGAUGUGGAGAAGCGGUGCAUGCGGGUGCAUCAACGAAAGUACCUGGAGGCAUUGGCUGCCAACUUUGGGCAGAGUGAAGGCCAUGUGGCUACACCCUUUCCCUCUGGGUUCAAGUGUGUGAAGGGACCAGAGGAGGAGAGCGUUGGUGAAGAGGAGAGGCGCCGAUUUCACUCGUUGGUGGGCAGCCUCAUGUAUGCGGCGGUAAACACCCGACCGGACGUCGCGUUUGCUACCGGGCAGCUGGCUAGGGUUGUGCAAUGCCCUAAUGAGGAGCAGGUAGCAGCUGGGAUGAGGGUGGCCAAGUAUCUUGGCCAAACACCGACCGUUGGGCUGCAAUACUCGGCGGCGGCACAAAGGCGCCAAAAGGGCGCGGAUGGUGUUGAACCCGGGCGUUUGUUCCUCACCGCCUACUCGGAUGCUUCAUAUGCAUCAGAACCAGAGGACAUGACAACCUACACGGCUGCAAAGGCUUAG